CAGGCUAAUACACAAUAAUAUAAAACCAGGGGACACACUUUUUUUCACGCACCUCUGAACUGAAAUAUUUUUAAGAACCUAUUAAUGUUUAAUUUUUAUUCUACUACUCUACUUUUUUACUCUAAUCUCCAUUGUAUGCAUUGCUGGCACCAGCAUUCAACACCUGCAGUUGAUGCAUAUGUUAUUUCAUAUGUGGCAUGUAUGUGUAUAUGUGGAUGUUUGAAAAAAGGCAACUGGACUUGAAGAAUUUCCUGACGACGUUUCGCCCCUCAUCCAACCAGCUUCUUCUUUUCUGAGGGACUGGUGGGAAGUUCAGGUUUAAAUAGGAAAACUCUUAGUCCACCUCAUUUGUUUAGAAAAGGUUUCUCCAAUAAAGUCUUAGCCAGAGAAGACAGAUGGUUUGAGAUAGGAGUAAAGGAAGCCAUCUCUGUCAAAUUGGAGAAACCUUCUCUAAACAGAGGAGGUGAACUGGGAUUUAAUCUGCCAUCAAUGUACGAAAUUGUACAUUGAUGGCAGAUUAAAUCCCAGUUUACCUCAAUGUACAAUGUCUGGUUAUUACAGAAACAAGUCAGCAAGUUUCUGAUGGAUUUUACCCACUGAGUUUUCUUAUAUAAAUCUCAACUUCCCACCAGUCCCUCAGAAUUGAAUAAGCUACUCGAACGAGCAGAGAAACGUCUUCAAGAAAUUCUACAAGUCCAGUUUCUUCAAACGCCUUCUGGAUUACCAUGACCUGGAUAACUGAGAACCGUCAUAGACAUAUUGCUCAGCUCAUAUUUUCUUGUCUUUUUAUGUCACCUGUUACCUUCACUUUCUUUUCCUGCCUCAGACGCCUCAUCCCUUUUUCUUUUCACUCCUGUGAGAAACUUCUCCAUCUAUCCUCCUCUUCAUCCGUUAUCCUGCCACAGUAAAUCAAUUUGCUUAAAUGCACAGCUUGAUUCGACUUUCUUCUACUUCUGUCUCCGACUCUGUUUACCUUCUUCUGAAACGGGUUUUCUUGGAUGUUUCUGUUUCAGGGUCGUAGCCUGAGCAGCGGCGGUGGAGCAUGCGCACAUGCGUUGUCUAGUAUAACCCCGAUUAUGGUUUAUACAUGCCGGAGAAAAUCGAUUCCACUCGCAUUAUCUGGGUGUCUCGGUCGGAUAAAAAGUCCGAUAUUCGUUGGAGUGACGCGUUUACAAGCGUUUAAGUUGUCCGGGACAACUUAAUCGUCAAAGCAAUAAUUCGUGUUUUCGUGUGCACGUAAAGUAACCUACUGAAUGCCUCCGGGUUGUCGCCUCCUCUUUAUGUACUUCUUCUACUAGAAUGGAAAGGCAGCCUGUUGAUUAGUUUGAUUACUGCUACCACCUAGUGACUGGGUGCUUGUUUAUCGUUCAAGCACGAAUAAAAACAUCAAUACUGAAAAGUGCCCCCCUCUUACGCCCCCCUCGCACCUCUCCCCACCAUUUGAAACAGGUUUAAUAGCGUCACUGGUCUGAUUUCACAAAAUGGCCACCGAACAGUUUGGUCUGGAAAAGAAGCAUAGGUGUAACCUGUGUAAUAACAGAUCUAAGUUCUGGUGAACAAACUCCACGAAUACUGUAAAAUAUGAUGGAUUCUGGCACUGUGGUAUGUUAUGAAGUAAAUCGCAAUUAUCAACAAAACUUUCUUGCAGUUACAUGUCCUUGAAAACAGACUAGGCGCCAUAUUGUCUCGUUUAACCACAAUAAUUCCCUUGGGGAGUAGACAACAUGUCAGGACAUUGUGUAGUGAUACUGACUUUAUGGGGUCGUUUUAUCCGCCUUUUAUCUACAGUUUAAUCGAGAAUGAGACCACCACAAUCGUAGACCACGAUCCAGCCGCCAUUACUACGUCGUCAUAAACCUGGAGGAGCUGAAUUACUUGGAGUUGUGCGCCACUAGUUUCAUUUAAAGAGCUCGGUAGCUACCAUGUUUACAUAAUAGCUAGCCAGACAACAUUGUAGCGAAAAAAAUCCAUAUCAAUAAAUUGCAGUGUGUGUUUUUAAUAGUUGUUAACCUUACGAAAUAAAGAGCAAACUGUCAAAUAGGCUAAGCUAAAAACUAAUGCUAACUCCGCCACAUUUGUAAUGCCAAGCAAAUUCGGCUUCGUUUAUUCGGUAGUUAGCUUUACAUCGGUUCUACGAUUGAUUCAUCUGUAAAUGUUAUGUUGCGAUAAGUGACAUACUAUUCCGCGGAAUUGUUAUAACGUGAUUGUUUGCGUAAUAACGUCGGGAAAUGAGUUGGUUAAUUGUGGUUUAAGUAACUACCUGCUACUAAAUUCGUGGCCAACAUGAAAUCGCUGAGGUUUGCCUCAAUCUGCGACCCGGUACGAGCAUUACCGAGAUAUACCGGAGGGGGAAACAAGCUGAAACUGCUUUUUGAAAGGGUUAAGGCUGCGGUUUCGGGACCGGAUUAAUGUCUAGCGGCGGACUGCGAUGGGACAACCUCCCCGGUCGGUCGACCAACGGGCUAACUCUGACGUCACUGGGACAUCAUCUUCCACCAGAAAUCGCUUCGGGACGGGACUUGGUCAGAAGGAGGACCGUCUGUACCAGGAGGGGUACUGCCGAGAGAGAGCCCCAAGAUGGAAAAUCGACUGAUUGUGACCCCUGACACCUCCCACGAUAAAUCCAGUCGUUUCUAUGUGAUAACCUGGGUCAACAGACUCCUGAAGACGGACUUCAAAGAUGUGGGGGAGAUGGGCUCAGGUGCGCAUCACUGUCAGAUCAUGAACCACAUCAUACCUGGAUCCAUUGACAUGAGCAAAGUUAAGUUUGAUGCACGGACUGAUGAUGACUGUGAGCACAAUUUCGGUCUCCUUCUCGAGGUCUUCCACAAGUAUGGAGUCACAAGGGACAUUCCAGUUAAGACUCUCAUAUCAGGGGAUUUUAAAAGCAACUUUGAGUUCCUGAAGUGGUUCAAAGUUUUCUACGCCGUAAAUGUGAAUAAUACAGCCUACAAAUCUCCCAAGCCCCGAAAAUCCAAAUUGGAACCAGACACAGAAGAGACCGAGAACGAGAACGCAACCACCCCUACUAGGAGAUUUCCUUACAGUGAAAAGUGGAAGAGUACUUUUGAUUGGGUUGACUGUAGUCCACUUGGAGAGAGAUACACCUUCUGCACCUCUUGUGGCAACAACCUGAGCACAUACGUUAAAGGAUUUUUUGAACUUAGGCGACACAUGGAAACAAAGAAACACAUAAAAAGGGCUCGAAUUUUCAAGCGUCGUUGCCGGAAAAGUCAGGCCACUGAGUCACUGCCCUGUAGUGAUGUGGCUUUACAGUUUAUUCACCAUCACUUUAACACUGGAUGGAUGAAAGGUGAAAAGGUGUCUAGGAAUUUUGUACGCUCCAAGCUCGGGCCGCAGUACCCCAAUCAUAUUGUAUCUGUUUGCCAGCACACUCCUUACUGCGCUUACAUCUAUGGAGGGGUAUCAGUAGGAAAGGAAGACACUGUCUCAGUGAUCCUCAUUGGGUUUUUUGACGUUGAAGCCUCCUGCCACUCCAUCCACUUUCUGGAUGCUUUUCAGUCAGUGGAUGAUGCAGGAGAUCAAGCGGCAGCAGUGGUGGAGACCCUUAAGAAGUUCGGGUUAGCCACAGAUAAUCUCGUUGCUGUUUAUAUCAGUGGUGACGGUGCGGCCUCCGGGCAGAUCUGCUCACAGCUCAAGGAGCUCAACCCAAACAUAACAGCCUUAGGCAGCUUGUACACCGUCGCUGAUGCUGCUUGCCGUGCUGGGGUUAAGGAGCUCUCCAGUCAGACUCAGGAGUUGUUGGUAGACCUGCAUGCCUACCACUCUUCCCACCCCACUGAGAAUGACAACCUCAAGGCCCUUUUUGGCUCCGAUGUCAGUGGGGACAGCACACCAUUUUACCUCAACGCCAGCUGCCACAGAUUUUGCGCGUUUGUCGCAAAACUCUUGAAAAUAUGGUCAGACCUCACGUCGUACUUUGGCUCUUGCCACGAAGACAACAACAAGGCCAAGUCAAUCUGCUCCCAGUUGAAGGAUUCCAAAGUCAGGGCAACAUUUAUGUUCCUGGAGCAGGCCCUAAAGCCUCUCCACAGUUUCCAAAGGCAAACGCAGGCAGAAAACAAGGCAGCUAUGUUGCUUAUCCUAGAAGAAGCCAGUAGCCUGCUGGGCACCUACACCUCUUACUUCCUUCGUUCUCAAGAUGCGCAUCACUUUCUCAAGAAACGAGACGUCCAAAUCCUCAAGAGCCCAGGUUCCCACUUAUCGAGCUCCGAGCUCAAUCUGGGGGGUAAAGCUGUGGAAGACUCCCUCAAAGAGUCACUGCCACUGUUACACAAGGAGGCCCUGUCGUUCUACAUUGCACUCACAGAUUGCAUAGCAAAGGAGCUUCCUUUAAAUGAUAACAUACUAAAAAGUAUCUCUCAGCUGCUGAACCCCCAGAAGAGGGUGGGGGGUGUGACAGGGAAAGAUGUAGGGGAUCUUGGAACCGAGCUGGGAAUCUGCCGCUCCCAGGAGGAGGUGGAACAGCUCACUGGUGAAUUCCUUAAGUAUCAGAGGGCCGGGGAGGGAGAGAGUGACGAGGGAGCAAUGGAAAAUCUGGCAGUGGUUUCACUGGAGAAGCACUGGACCAGUGUACUGCAGGAAACCAAGCCAGAUUCAGUCUUUAGGAAGCUUGUCUUGACCCUCUUGUCUUUCCCAUGUCCUCCACUUGACGCUCAUGAAGUUUUCACUCAGGCCUUAGUGAUGGACAGUGGUGCACCAUUAUCUGAGAGUGAAGUCUUAACAGAAAGCGACUGUGAGGCCGAGAACAUCACCCCCGACAGCACCAACCACAAGGAAUCCAAAAUUCACAUUAACGGUCUGAAUGACCUUAGUGUAGCAGUGAAGCCAUGCGAGAUCCGCCUCACAAAGAUAAACGAACACAACGGGAUCUCUGGACUGAAUGGUGCUUCGUGGAAAGAGGGGACCAGUAGGGGAAAUCUUGAUUGGGUGAGCAGCUUGCGCCAGAAGCCGCAGACUCGUACAGUGUUUCAGGCUGGUGCUAGCACCUGGUCCAAACCCAUAGCUCUUGAUAAGGACAGCAAAAAUGAUCCGGAGUCUCCACAUGAGGUGUCGGAAGAAACAUCACCGUCCAUUAAAGUCACACCAAGCAGAGGACGACGAAAACAGGCAUAUCAGGAUGGGAAAGGGUUUCUCAUAGGAGAGCUGAUUUGGGGUAAAGUGAAGGGCUUCUCCUUGUGGCCUGGUCUGGUGGUGUCUUGGAAAACUAAGUCCGCUCCUCCGGGUAUGCGCCGGGUGGAGUGGUUCGGAGACGGGAUGUUCUCGGAGGUCUAUACAGACAGCCUGAUGCCAUUUGGUUCCUUCUCCAAGGUCUUCUGCAAAAACUCCUUUGCUGGCCUGCCCACCUACAAGAAAGCCAUCUACCAAAUCAUCGAGUUGGCCAGUGAGCGAUGUGGGAAGUCGUUCGCUGAAGCGCAAGGGAAUAAAGACAAAGAGCUGAAGCUGAUGCUGAACUGGGCAUUCGAAGGAUUUCUGCCCACGGGACCUGAAGGAUUUUUACCUCCUGAUUCUUGUGCACAUCAGGACUCUGACUCCGCGAUGUCCGACUACCAGCCGCCGCCCAAGAAAAAAUAUGUUUUUAAAAACAAGUCAAACGUCUCCACCAUCGCCUAUAACAGAGAAUCAUUACUAGAGAAGGUCAAAGAGAAAGGCAAGACAAUUGAAGAUUUUUGUUUGUCUUGCUCGUCACCCGAGAUUGAAGUGUCGCACCCACUGUUUGAAGGGGGUCUUUGUCUAAAGUGCAAGGAGAACUUCUCAGAGACGCUGUAUCGCUACGACGAAGACGGCUACCAGUCCUACUGCACCGUGUGCUGCGCCGGCUUAGAGGUCAUCCUGUGUGGCAACGACAGCUGCUGCAGGUGUUUCUGUAAGGACUGCCUGGACAUCCUGGUGGGCCCAGGCACCUUUGACAAACUGAAAGAUGUCGAUCCGUGGAGCUGCUACAUGUGCAAACCGUCCGAGUGUGCAGGCCUCCUCAAACUCAGGCCGGACUGGAGCGUUAAAGUUCAAGACUUCUUCGCCAACAACAGCGCCAUGGAGUUUGAGCCUCACAGAGUUUACCCCUGCAUCCCCGCCGAUCAGCGCAGACCCAUCAAGGUGCUCUCGCUUUUUGACGGCAUCGCGACAGGUUACCUGGUGCUCAAAGACCUGGGCUUCAAGGUGGAACGCUACAUCGCGUCAGAGAUUUGUGACGACUCCAUCGUGGUGGGGAUGACCAAGCACGAGGGAAAGAUCGAGUACGUCAACGACGUUCGCACCAUCACAAGGAAACACUUGGCUGAAUGGGGCCCAUUUGAUCUGCUGAUCGGAGGCAGCCCCUGUAACGACCUGUCGAUGGUCAACCCCCUGCGGAAAGGAUUAUUUGAGGGCACCGGAAGGCUCUUCUUCGAGUUCUACCGCAUACUGACCCUGCUGAAGCCGAAGGAGGGCGACAACCGACCGUUUUUCUGGCUGUUUGAGAACGUGGUUUUCAUGAGCGCCCACGACAAAUCAGACAUCUGCAGAUUCCUCGAGUGUAAUCCAAUUCUCAUCGAUGCAGUGAAGGUCAGCCCUGCUCACAGAGCACGCUACUUUUGGGGAAACCUUCCUGGCAUGAACAGGUCUCUCGCUACAUCUCUCGACGACAAAGUGAAUCUGCAGGAUUGUUUGGAAAAUGGACGCCAGGCGAAGUUUGACAAAGUCCGCACCAUCACAACAAAGUCUAACUCAAUAAGGCAGGGGAAGGCGGGAUCCCUACCUGUCACCAUGAACGGCAAAGAGGACUACCUGUGGUGCACCGAAAUGGAACAGAUCUUUGGCUUCCCCAAACACUACACAGACGUCAACAACAUGGGCCGGAUGCAAAGGCAGAAGGUCCUGGGUCGCUCGUGGAGUGUCCCUGUCAUCCGUCACCUCUUCGCUCCGCUUAAGGAUUAUUAUGAAUGUGAAUGAGCGGCCGAACGUGAAGCGAGUCCUCACACCUGAGCAGCAGCGGUAAACCCAACGCCUUAUUCCGCCUGGCGUCAACAGCUGGUUCAAACUCUCUGGGGCCCUUUUUUUUAAUCUGUGAUUUCAGUCGUGAUCCUCUAUCACCAGCAGACACUUUCAAAUAGUUUGAUUUAGUUUGUUUCCAGGCUUCCUUUGAGAAACAACGGUGCUGUGAUUAAUCAAUAAUGGUGCUCAGAUCGUAGGCCUGUGUCACUAAGAGAGAUGCGGCUACCUCACUUUUAACUUUCGCCACGGUAACUGCAGCAUUUUAACGUCAGACGACCAGAUCAAAACAUAUCAAACAUUCAGUCUGGAUCUGUAGAGUCACUCAACUUUUUAAUCAACUAAUUAAGUUCUCUGCAUCGAUGUUAAAGGGAAUCAUGAGUUAACAAGUCUUUUCUGCUGGUACGUAGACAACAAUCUGCUAUUGCAGGUUUUAUUUUUUCUCGAACUCUUUUUUAAAUCCAUCAUGUGUCCAUAAGAGUUCAUCCCGACAGAAAGGUGCUACAAAAUAUCUCGGUUCAUCUCAGCUUGGAACCAGGCAGCUCUCUUCCUGGCACAGGCCCCGUCCCUCUACCUCAACACGGAUUUAUUGGUUAAAAUCUGCAGUUAGUCUUUCUUUGUUAAUUUAUGAACAUGAAGCAUGUUCGGUUUCUGUAUUUUAUAUCGUUUCAUUGUGGAAUCUCACCAGGGAUUUUAAGUCGGAUCCUGUUCUUCCCGACUCGGAACACGAGUAUGAAUUUUAUCAAUGAAUUUUAGCCGUUUUUACUUCCUGGUGAAUGAGUUUUUUUUUAACUCUGCAUUUUGCUACUCCACCGCGGUGGAUCAGUGACCUCGCUGGCUUUGCAUUGGUGCUCGCAUCUUAUCCAUUUCCCUGUUGUUAUUUAUACAAGACCAAAAAUAUUAUCAGUCUUUUCACUGAAGGGCUGCGACUGUUAACCCGACUUUACCUGGGGUGUCUCAUACACCACAGACGGCUGCGUAAUCCAUUCUGCAAAAUGUGCACGAUACGUUGAAGAAUGUACACUGAUCUGAGAAACGCUGCACAAAAGCUAAAAACACAACAACAUGAAUCCUCCUCAGGGUCAAACAGCAACACGCAGACGAAGAACAAAAGACUAAAGCGUACGCGUACGCUGCCGUGGCUUUUUCUUCUGGUCUGUUUUUUUUUUUUUAAACAACACAUCGGCAAAAAUAUGAUAAAUAAAUGAUGAACAGAUAUAAAUGAAAGACAAGAAACUAAACAAGAAUGCAGCACCGAACUCAAAGCUGACUGGUCAGUAGCACCGUUAGGUCAGUAUAUAUUAAUAACCCGUCUGUUAAUGAGCUCAAGAUGUUUUUUUUUUUCUUUAAAUCAUGUUGCCUCAGUGAUAAAUAAUCAAAUUUGACCUUAAACGAAGCGGCGAGCCUUGAACUCGUUCAGCUGCCGCCUGAGCCGUCAUUUGUUCUGGUUGUGAUAGAAAAUACACUCCAAGUGCAUAGUCUGCUUUAUUCUUAGCUGCAGUCUUGUUAUAAUAUAAACAAUUUAUUCAGCUGCCGGAGACUUGGACGACCGUCAAAAUACGGGCUGUGACCAUGAAAAACACAUUUGAUUCUCCUUUGAUUUUUAUUUAUUUCCAACAGUCCUUAGUGUCCUUCCUUCAAAGUCCUAAUUAUUUAUUUACUACUGAAAAGACAAUUACGCAACGAAAGGUCAAUCAGCUGCUCGUUUAGACCGAAGCUGGAAUCAUGAAUUAAAACAGAAAUUGGGAUAAAAAUCCACAAAACUGGAAACACAUUUUAAUUAAGUGCAUAAAACUGCUGGAAACAAUUAAAAAGUCUGUUAAGGAAGUAUUGCUUGGUCUUAUCCCGUAUUUUGUCUCUGUUUUUAGUCAUACAAAUAUUUAUUUCAUGGUUAUUUAUUCAGCUUGUUUUGGUUUUUUUUUAUCACGGUUCACAUCAACCAUGUUUUCUGAGUGUUUGUCCAUCGUGCUGCUGUGUGUUCACUGUCACACUAACCUGUGCAGCUAAUUCUGACCUGAAACUAACUGUGAUCACUGCUCUGUUUAUAUUCAUACCUCGCUCUCAUCUGGAAGCUGCAACAAACAGCUGCAGUUGUGCGUUACUCCGCUCAUAGUUUCAUGGCACGACUUGACAAGUAUUUAUUUUAAACUGGUGUUUAUUGCUCUUCUCAGUCUGACAUCGUAGUAGCUUCUAAGCAAUCAACCCGAUUCAUUAGUCUCCUUUAGCUGAUUAGUCACUUUUCAGGCAAACAAUCGUUUUAAUCAUGCCGCACAUUCGCUGUUUCCAGCUUUUCAAACUUGCCCCUUUUGUUUCGCACUAGUUUUCCUCAAACAAUCACAAACUUUUUCGUUCAGAAGCAACCAAAACAUUUUGACGGCGCAGCUGUGAAAGGCGUAAGAAAUAUUUGUUCUCAUUUGCAAAAGUUUCGCGACGCUGGUGCCUUUAACUGUCUUUUGAUGACGGCACUUUUUGCUCCAAGAAAAUGAAAUGUAACAUUUUUAACAGUUUUCCGAUGUUUUAUUAACUGACUGUUGUGUUGAUUAAUCAGAAAUGAAAAUAAUGAUUUAAAUCCGAAUUGUUUGUACACAUAGAAAUGUCUUUUUUAAAAAUUGGUGAGAGAACUUCUGUAAUGAUUUUAAAACCCAGCGGUUCUAUUCAGGUGUUUGCAUGGUUCAUUUUCCUGUGGUUGAUUAUGUUAUCACACCAUUAUCUGACUGUACUGUAUUUGGUUAUGAUACUUCUGACAAACAGCAGUGAAAUGUUGUGGCCCUUCUGUGGUAAUGGUGCUAACUUUGCAUGUACUGUUCUGGUUUUUAUUUCUUACCUCUGAUCUCUGAGCAGAUACGAAUGAACUGUUACUCUGUGAUUUCUGUUUCUCCCAUGUUUUCAUUGUCUAGUUGUUUGUUUUCAUGAAAUAUAAAAAAAAAAAAUAUGUUGUAGAAAAAUUAGAAUAUUAGUUUAUGGUGAAAAGAAAAGUCAGGUCAAGGUGUGUGAUUUGUACACCACGGACAAAAUGACAUGUUCUCUGAUCAAUAUAUUUUUAUUUUUAAUUUUUGUUUUUAAUUUUGACUAACUUAGCCAGGGAAAAAAAAAAAAAACAAAACAUUUCUUAAGCCAAAACCUGUUUCAUCACUUGACUAAUUAAAGGUGCUUUAAAGGGCUCUGGUUUGUUUGUUUUUUUGUUUUUUUUGUAAAUAUUAUCCACAUCGUCCAUGAUGACUCGGAAAUGACACAACUGCCCUGAUGUGAAUAUGAAACUGGUGCAGAUGUGUCUCUGCAGGGUCAACAUACACAAGCCCCCUCCUCUGCAAACACUCUCCACAGUGUACGGUCGUUUAUGUAACUUCCUAAGAACGCCCGCUCUGAGCCGUGACUGGCGCUUCAUUCAUCCUCUUCAUUUGUUACAGAACUAAUUCUUGCAUUUUUCACCACAGCACAAAACUCUGAAAGUCCCUGAUAAAACUCUGAAGAUGAACGCUAUUAUUCCAGCUUAACACAAAACCUUAAGCACAUCAGGGAUAAAAA